AGGGCUGAUGCUGCAGAUGCUAUGAAAGGGGGGUUGUGAUUCCGCUAAACAGCAAAUUCGAAUCCCAGUUCUAGCUGCCCAGGAAGUGUUUUAUAUUUUUGCUCGCGGCUUGGCAGUCUCUCAGGGUUGUUGUAUAGUCCUAAUGAACCUUCAGCCAUUGAGCCACUGCCACCAUGAACUUUGACUUGGAGAGUGCAGCAAAAGGUAGCUGCGUACUGGGCAGGACAGUGCUGCAGGCCUGUGAUGCUACGGAUGCGCACGCUAAGCUGAGAAGGGCGCCAGAGCUUGCCCCUUUUUUUCGAGGAUACUUGUACGACCAGCUGGCCGUGCUGGCUCCCAUUAUGAUGGCCAUGACUGCGGCCACUCCCGUGUUGAAAGGUCGCCUGGCGGCCACUGAUGCACGCUGGAACGUCAUCAGCCAAUCCGUGGACGACCGCACGGCGGCGGAGCGGGGUGAUGGUCAUGCAGGCGAUGCCAGGAUGGCAGGUGAGGGGGUGCGCCGGCAGAACAAGAGCCGGUACGACUCCAUCUCUUGCUACAUCCAUCCAACUUCCCAGAGUCACAAUGAUAUCCAUUGCGAGACCGAUGAAGAAGUGCGAGUUCCACGGCAGCAGGCCAUGUUGCGCCAGGAAGGUUUGGACGAAGCGAUCUGCCAGCACAUCUCGCAUUUGUUCACCCGUGACCCCCUGGUGGCUUUCGAAGGAAUGAUCGAGUUGGAUGAUGAAAGCUCCACAGACCAUUUUGAGAGCGUGCAGUCCACCAAUUGGCAAACACUUCGCUGGAAGCCACCUCCCAACAGCCGCCCGGAUGCACCACACAUCGGCUGGCGCACGGAAUUUCGCUCGAUGGAGAUUCAACUGACGGAUUUCGAGAACGCGGCCUUCACGGCCUUCAUGGUCCUGAUCUCGCGAGCCAUCCUGGUCUUCCACCUGGACAUCUUGGCUCCUCUCUCCAAGGUCGAUGAGAACAUGACACAGAAAUUCUGGUUCCGGACGCAAGUGGAACCUGAGACCAGAUAUGAGAUGUGCGAGAUGUCCAUGGAUGAAAUUAUGAACGGAAGUCUUCGAAGCGACUUCCCCGGACUGAUUCCACUGUGUUAUGCAUACCUCAACUACAUCCAUUGUGAUGAGGCGUCCUUUUCACGUCUUGAUCAGUAUUUGAAGCUCAUCAAGCGUCGUGCUUCCGGAGACUUGUUGACACCUGCAAGCUGGAUGCGAGGUUUCCUUCGCAGCCAUCCGGACUACAAGUUCGAUUCCGUGGUCUCUGAGGGCAUGGCAUAUGACCUGGUUGAGGCCUGUAACGAGAUCGCCCAUGGCCAUCGUGCGUGUCCUGAACUGCUGGGGGAGGUCGAGAUUGAGCCCAUUACCAGGCAAGGACAAUAUGAGAUUCCCCUGUUCGGAGAAAAGUUAAGCAGUACAGAGAGAAGAAAACUGCUCGAAAAGCUCUGGCCGCGCUCGGGGUCCUGUCCCUGCGCCCCCAACGACUGCACGUGCGUUGGGGCGGCAAGCGCGGGGUGCUCGGUGCCGCGCUGCGGGCGGCGAUGUUGGGGACCUUAUGGAGCACCACAGCUGGCGGCCUGUAGCUGA